AUGGACGGCAUCUUCGUUCAUGACACAACAUCACUAAGGAGACGUAGUAUAUCUACGGCAAAAAACGGCAUGUACGACCUGCAACGAGACUACGUCGUCCUCAUGAGAACUGGCUUCGCUAUUACGUCGCGUGGUGAACGGAUCGGGUACAGCAUCGCCCAGUCCGUAUCGCACCCGGACCUGCCGGAGCUGAAAAACCUCGAUAUUGUCCGUGCUAGCAUGUCCUUCUGCGUCAUCUUCUGGCAGCAAAGCGACCAGAUCGUCGAGUCUUUUGCACACACAGUAAUCGACCCGGGCGGCACCGUGUUUUCAUUUUUCGUACUGCAAGAAGUCGCCCACAGCAUCUUACGUAUGGGCGCUCCGAUGGAAUGCGCUCAAGGCAGAAACUGCGAUGGCAUUUGCACAAAGAAUGAAGAUCCGACUGUGUGUUCGUAUUGCCAGAAGGCGAUCGGGAAACUCUUCUCAACCCAAGUAAGCCGUGCCUGCAGUGUCAGCAAGAAGCUUGUGAUGCGAUUAAGCCACACCAAACCGGGGAUGACAGCCCACGCUUACGUUUUCUGUAUCGGCUGCUUCCUGGCAUCUAGGCAACUCUCGACCCAGGGCAUACAACGUGAAGAAGUAGUCUACAAGCGCUUGGUUCGUCGAUGA